UCAUGAGGAAUUUGAGGUGUGAAUGGUCAUUAACAUAUCUUUUGUUUCCAAGGGUGGGAGAGGUCUGAGGUUUGAAUUGGUCAUUAAAUGCGUGACAAGCUUGGUAGGAACAUCCUGUGUUCAGUGUUUUGUCCAUUUGAGUACCUUGAAAACGCUUUGCAUACAUUUUUCAUGAUGAAAAAAGGCUCUGGACAGCAUCGGGAACUGGAAGAGUUAAAAAAAAAAUUUCAAACGCAAAUACAUAUAAACUCGAUUUGGCUGUGUUGUAUUUGAAAUGGUGAUAAAAUCGACUGCUGGAUGCAAGUUUUCUGCGU